AUGACCAGACCAGAUAUUGCUUAUUGUGUGCAAACUCUCAGUCAAUUCCUUCAACAACCAAAGAAGUGUCACAUGGAUGCAGCCAUCAGGGUAGUUAGAUACAUCAAAAAAGAACCAAGUCUAGGAGUUUUGUUGUCUAGUCAGGUCAAGAAUGAAGUCACUGCAUAUUGUGAUGCAGAUUGGGCAUCAUAUUCAAAUUCAAGGAAAUCUAUCACUGGCUACUUUGUGAAGCUAGGAGAUUCUAUAGUAUCCUGGAAAUCCAAAAAACAAAAUACUAUAUCCAGAAGCUCGGCUGAAGCAGAAUAUAGAAGCAUUGCAGCAACAGUUGUUGAACUAAUAUGGCUACAAGGUCUUAUGAAGGAAAUCAAAGUUGAUAUUGAAUUACCUACUGUAAUUCAUACAGAUAGCAAGUCUGCAAUGCAGAUUGCUUACAAUCCUGUUUACCAUGAAAGGACUAAACACAUUGAGAUAGUUUGUCACUUCAUAAGGGAAAACAUCAACAAAGGUUCAAUGGCAGUCAACUACAUACCUACUAAAGAGCAGCCGACAGACAUCCUUACUAAAGGGCUUAACAGAUUCCAACAUGAUUACCUUUUGUUCAAGCUAAGCAUGAUCAACAUCUUUGGGACUAUCUAG